CCCAAAGUACACACUUCCAGAGAGAAGCAGAUGAACAAUACAGUGGGUAAAAAAUGAAGGCCCUGCGCACAUACAGAAAGAUAAAACCAGCACUUCCCCUUCUGCCACAUCCCCACAUCUAGCUUCACUCAUCUCUCUCUCUCUCUCUGAGCACUUCGCUCAUCUCUUUCAGUCAUGGCAACUGCACUGGUUAUGGUGCUCAUGGUGGUCAUGAUUGGUGGAUCAGGUGAGCUUGUCUUGUUCAGAUAUUGAUUUAUUAUUAUUAUUAUUAAUGUUCUCUUUUUUUGGUUGCAUUUUUUCACUCUUUCUUGAGUGUAUGAUGUCCUAAAAGAACCAAGUUAGCUGUUUCUAAUCAUUCCCCAGCACAAGAUGUGUGACCUUCUUUCACUUCCCUAAGACAUCUUCUAUCUGUUUAUGUCCCGGGAGGAGGCAGGGACUCUAUGUUGCUUAAAUCCAUGCAUCUGCAUUUUUUCCAGAGAACAUAUUUAUGCUGCUUGGUGUGUUUGCAAGUCUGAUCAGAGUAGCACUGCUCUACAGAAGACAUUGGACUAUGCUUGUGGAGCUGGGGCUGACUGCAAUCCUAUUCAACCAAAGGGGGCUUGCUAUAAUCCCAAUACAGUGGUUGCCCAUUGCUCUUAUGCGGUCAACAGCUACUACCAGAGAAAAGGGCAGGCUCAACAUGCUUGUGACUUCUCAGGCGCUGCCACUCUCACUACAACUGACCCAAGUACCAGUGGUUGCACAUACCCUGCAAGUAACGGCACAGGAACCACCUCAGGCACAACACCCAGCACCUUCAGCCCACCCAGUAGCACUGGGACAGGAGGAGUCUUGGGAGGAGGAAUAGGACCCUCUGGAAAUAGCAUUUCUACUGAAGGCAGUGAUGCUGGCUUGCCCUCAAAGGCCUGGAUGGGUUCUCUCCUCCUAACCAUCACGUUCUCAGGCAUGGUUUUGUGGAUGAGUUGAUUACAACCUGGAGGUCAGAUGUUGAGUGAUCCUACAGUAGGAAAUUGGAGGACCAAAUUAUCUACAUACAUUCCAACUCUAGAGUUUGUUUCUUUUCCCAAGUGGCCAACGGAAAGAGUUUUGAUUCCAUUUGUUGGCUCUUGGCAUGGAAUGGUGGGCUUGGCUUGGUUGUCUUUGUCUACAGACACUUGUUCCUUUUUUUUUUUUUAAAUUCAGGGAAGCAGAAAUUAAUUAAUUGACUUGGUAUAUGGGUUCCUUCUC